AUGGAAAGCUGGCUUAUGAAAUCCGGGGCGGUUGGCUUGGGCGACUUGGAGCUCGCAGACUUUCCAGUCACCGGGCGCGGCGUCAAAACACUGCGUCGAUUCAGGCAAGGGGAGAGAAUCCUCACCAUUCCCUCGGACAUUCUUUGGAGCGUGGAGGGUGCAUAUCGCGAUUCCCUUCUUGGUCCAGCUCUUCGCUCCUCGCUGCCGCCGCUAACUGUCGAAGACAUCUUGGCUAUAUAUAUCCUCUUUGUCCGAUCGCGCGAGUCGGGAUACGAUGGCAUUCGAACCCAUGUGGCAGCGUUGCCUGGUAGUUACUCUUCAAGCAUCUUCUUUUCGGACGAAGAGCUGGAAGUUUGCGCUGGGACUUCUCUAUACACUAUCACAAAGCAACUUCAGCAAAAGAUCGAAGACGAUUACAGGGAAUUGGUCGUCCGAGUGCUUGCACAGCAUCCGGAUCUUUUCCCACUCAACAAGUUCACUAUCGAAGAUUACAAAUGGGCUCUCUGCACGGUGUGGAGUCGUUCAAUGGAUUUCACGCUGCCUGAUGGAAGCUCACUCCGACUUUUGGCGCCCUUUGCAGACAUGUUGAACCACUCGUCUGAAGUUCAGCAAUGUCAUGUCUUAGAUGCCAAGUCUGGAGAUCUCUCUGUCCUGGCAGGGAAAGAUUACGAAGUCGGAGAUCAGGUUUUCAUCAAUUAUGGGCCGAUUCCGAAUAACCGCCUGCUGCGUCUCUAUGGCUUCGUUGUACCUGGUAACCCUAACGACAGCUACGAUCUCGUUCUUACGACGCACCCUAUGGCGCCGCUGUAUGAGCAGAAGCAGAAGCUCUGGGUGUCGGCCGGGCUCGAUUCGACGACUACCGUCUCGCUCACGCUAACCGAUCCGCUCCCAAAAAGUAUUCUUCGAUAUCUCCGUAUACAGCGGGCGGACGUUUCAGGGCUUGCUGCCAUAGCCCUCCAGCAGAUCGACGGUACAGACGGGAAGAUCAGCGACUCAAACGAAACGGAGAUUCUACAGUUCGUGGAAGAGUCGAUCGGAAGUCUUCUAGAUGGGUUCGCAACUCCAUUGGAGAAGUUGGAAACCCAACUCGCAGAGGGCGUUCAUCCGGUUGGAGGCAACGCGUGGGCGGCGGCGCACGUUAGUGUGGGCGAGCAGCGGGUGUUGAGAUUAGCGAGAGCGAAAGCCAGGGAUUUGCUAGCCGCGGUGGAGAGCGGAAGAGAAAGUAGAUCCUCGUCCGCUCUGGCGAGAUGCGCAAACUGCGACAAGGGUUCCGUGCCGCUGAUGUUAUGUGGGAGGUGUAAGUCGGUCAUGUACUGCGGACGAACAUGUCAAGUCGCCCAUCACAAACAGCACAAGGUGGCAUGCCGAGCUACUGCCCUGAAACGUUAA